GGCCCACCGUCACCGAGAAGAACCAUGCUGGCCGCCGCCGCCGCCACUGCGACGCUGCUGCUCGUCGUUUGCGGCCCCCUCGCCUCGAGAGCUGCGCACGACUGCGGUGUUAGAGAACGAGAGUACGCCUCGUUCAACAUCAUCGGAGGAGCUCCAGCGCUUCCAGGCGAGUUUCCUUGGCAGGUCUCGGUGCGCAAAAUGUCGACCAAGGGCACGAGGCACCACUGUGGAGGAGCACUGCUUACGGACCGAUGGGUGCUGACUGCGGCCCAUUGCGUUGUCGAUUCGCAGGGUCGCACAGCGUCCCCGUCGGAGUUUCUCGUGCGCGUUGGCGAGUACGACCAGAGGCGGGCCGAAGGCAGCGAGGUGCAGGUGCGAGUGACGCACGUGAUCCCGCACCCGGGCUACGGACGGCUGCAGCGCGACCUGGCACUUCUGAGGCUGGCUAAGCGACUACGACGAUCGGGCCACGUUCGGCCGGCUUGCCUGGCACCAGCGUCCCUGAGGCCACUCUCCAACCUGAGCUGCGCCGUGUCCGGCUGGGGCAACGAGCGCACUCAGGGCACCACAGCUUACAGCCUGAACAAGCUGCGCGUGCCGCUUCGGCCGCUCAAAGAAUGCCUCUCUAUCUACGACGUGCCCAUCGGCAAGUGGCACCUAUGCGGCGGAAGGCCCGGAAGAGGAGUGUGCUACGGUGAUUCCGGCGGUCCGCUGUCGUGCCAGCUAUCGGACGGUCGCUGGUACGUGCUGGGGGUGGCAUCGUUCGGUUCCGGCUGCGCUCGAGCCCAUUACCCGGACGUGUACACGCGCGUGCACCACUUUACGGGAUGGAUACGAGACACCAUCGCCGCUUACACGCGCCCUGCUCGAAGAGGACUCGAAGCACCGGUUCUGGGCCGCGCGAAAGGACGACGAACUGUGGGCUAUAAAUCGGAGUACCGCGCCAGUCGACACGCUCCUCCCGACAUGGCUUUCUACAUGGCGACACCGCUGACGCUCCUGCUGGUGACGGCCGCGCGACUUCUCCUGCUGUCCCAAGCGCAGUCCACGCACAGCUGUGGAGUAAGCCUGCUCAACGAGAAGAACAUUGAGCGCAUCGUGGGAGGCCAGCCAGCCGACGCCGGGGAGUGGCCAUGGCAGGUGUCGCUUCGCAAAGCUGGCCGUGACGGAAGGACGCGUCACUUCUGCGGCGGUGCGCUUAUCAGCGACCAGUGGGUAGCCACGGCGGCACACUGCGUGGUCACGCAGUUCGGCGGCGUCAUUCAGCCUGCUAGCACCAUCAAGGUACGCGUGGGCGAGCAUGACCAGAGUGUGCUCGAAGGUGAGGAGAUCCAGGUGAACGCGCGCCAGAUCUUCAAGUACCGCGGCUACCAGGGCUACAACAACGACAUUGCACUCAUCAAGCUCGCCAAAAGGGUGCGCCUCAGCCGUCGUGUGCGGCCCGUGUGCCUGCCACACCGAGACGAAAUAUUCGAGGGACAGAACUGCGUCUCCACGGGAUGGGGAGCUACUACAUCCGGAGGUGGCGCUCCGUCGACGGUGCUUCGCGAAGUGAGUGUGCCGGUCUACAACAACAACGUGUGCUACGGGCCCUAUGCGCGCAAGUUCCGCAUCAACAUCCGCAACUGGCAUCUGUGUGCCGGUGCCUUGGAAGGAGGUCGAGGGUCCUGCUAUGGCGACUCGGGUGGCCCGUUCCAGUGCAAACGCGCCGACGGCAGCUGGGUGCUCGCCGGCCUAGUGUCCUUCGGUUCGGGCUGUGCGCAUCGCGACUACCCCGAUGUCUACACCAGGGUAACCGAAUAUCUGGACUGGAUCGCUCAGACCACUGGCGGAGUCGUGAGCAGCUGAUUGCAACGACGAACUCCUCAUC